AUGGCAAAUGUGACGGUGUCUGAGGCUAUGAUACGGAAGGCUGGAAAUGGACUAGCAUUGUCAAAAAUCAAAAGUCUUAAUCUCUCCGACAAGGACCUCACCCAUUUGGAUCCUACAGUCAUGAACAAGCUGGUGACCUUGACAACUCUUGACCUGUCCAACAACAACAUCUGCAGUAUCCCCGACAACCUUCUACUUCCUUCACUAACAACACUGGACAUCUCUGACAAUGAAUUGAGUUCUGUAUCAUUUGGAAAGAACUUUCCACAGCUAACGUCACUUUACAUUGCUGGCAAUCAUGAUCUAGGGAAAUCUGACCGCCUGGUUGCCAUGGUAGAGAACUCCAAUCUGACCCAUAUAGAUGACCAGAGGUCAAGUUCACUUUCACAGGUCGUUAGACAGAUACGCAGUAAAUUUGAGAUACAGGUCAAGGCCAAAUGGGAGGUGCUAUUUGCUGAACCAUAUGCCACUGGUAUCCCUGAAGAGGAAGUGGACAAGGUGACUGAAGAAUUCAUUGUUACCUUGAGAGGAGAUGGUCUACUCAAAAAUGCAGAUUCCAAGUUUGAAAAGUAUAUGCUGGAGAAGCUAGCCAAGGAAAUGGUGGAGUCUGCCAAGAAUAUGUCAAUUUACAAGUCUACCCAUUCCUUACCAGGGACGCCACGCAGCGCUCGUCUGAAUGACCUCCAUUCACCUGAGACUACACCUGUACGUCAAAGCUCUCGCACCCCUGUGCCUAACAGACGACUCAUGGACACACCACCAUUAAAACCACCUACACCUAGAAGUGGGGUACCCAAUGCUGACUGCUCUAAAACUCCAGACAAGACACCAAAGGCGGAAGGGAAGGGUAAGAAGCGUCGUAGGGAUUCCAGUCCAGGAUCAGUAUCCAAACCGAGAGCAAAGUCUUUCAGAACAGAGACUGGACAAUUGUCAUCACCUAAGUUCAGUCCAAAGUCGCCGGCAUCCAACAAAAAAACUCAGGACAGAGGAAGGAAACGCAGACGCUCAUUGACCCCAGAGUCAGAAUGUAAACAUAAGACCAAGUCUUACAAAACCCAGACUGGUCACUUGUCAUCUCCUAAAUAUACCUCCCUCAAGGAAUUACACAUAGAUCAACUGCCACCUGUUCCUGACUAUGAUCCAACCUAUUUCGUACGAUGCCACUCUGAUGAAGAUGGUCCUUCAGAUGAUAACACCAAGGUGUGGCGAUGUGCUUUUGAACCAAAACCUAACUGUCCUGGUGAGCACACCAAUUUGGUGGCUACAGUUGGUGGGAAGAUUGUCUGCCUGGUCGACUGUCAAACAGGCAAGGUCAUGAGACGGUUCAAGGACACAGACAAAAAAGAGUCAUUCUACACCUUGGCAUGGACCACAAUUUCUGUCGACAAGGACAACUCUUCAGAGACCACUAACAUCCUGGCUGUAGCAGGGGAUGCUUGUGAUGUUAAACUAAUUCAUCCCUCCCAACUUGUGAUGUAUGCCACACUUGAGGGUCACCGUCGCUACAUCAGCUGUCUUGUGUUCCAUCCUACCUACUCCACAAUUCUCUUCAGUGGUGGGAAGGACAACAGAAUCAUCAUGUGGGACAUCGGGAUACCAAACCUCUCAGACUACUCCACUAACUUCAGAAAGCUGAAGUGCCUAGUUACUCCAGGAACAGACCCACUGAAUCUUGCCCUCAGUAUGAGUACUAACAGUUUGCUAGCAGGGUGUGAGAGUACCUGCUACUUAUGGAAACUCCAAGACAUGCAAAAAGUCAGCAAGGAGCCUGAUCUGGAGCUAUGUCUGCCAAUAACAGAUGAUAACAGUGAUACUUCCAGUGAUGACAGUAAGACGGGAGAUAUUGUAGAUGGUCUUGUGCUUCUAUCGGACAACUUUGUUGUGACUAAAUGUGUUGGUAAUAGCUGUUUGACCGUGUUUGACCUCAAGUCGUGUAUUCCAAUGAAAAAGCCAAGCAGACAGACGCGCAGCAUUAAAGUCACACCGACAGCUCUGCUGAAUUACACACGUACCACAGUAGACUAUAUUUACCUGGCUGCUUCUCAAGGUCUGGUUGCUGCUGGUGAUGAUAAAGGGUCCAUUCAUCUGUACAACCUGAAUCAAUUUUUAGGAGAAAAACCAAUAUCAUGUGACACUACCCUUCAGCAGUCAAAGGUGUUGGAUUGGCCAGAAGUAACACUUGGCAGACAUACAGACAGUAUGAAGGAUUUGCUAACAGAGCAGGCGGUUGUGAUAAACUCGAUAGCCAUGAACCACAGCAAGGACUACAUGGUUUGUGGUACUGACAACAACCUGGUGUGUAUCUGGAAACGUAGCACUGUUAAAACAUGACCUGGUGUGUAUCUGGA